UCAAAUUCAGUUACAUCAACCGAAACCGUUCAAAGUUUCUCUGCCACCGUGGCAGAGAGAUUAACUUGAACGAGAGAGAUAGCCGAUACCUCAUUCUCUUUCUUCGCCGAUUGUCUUCUCCGGCGAGGUUUCUCCGAUUCGUUUACCGUAAUUAUUAUGGAUCUGUAUCUUCUCGGUUGGAUUCUAAGCACCGUUUUGAGCCUCUUUGCGCUCUACAGUUUGGUUUUCGCCGGGAAAAUAAGUCGCGCCGCGCCGAAGAAGCCGGUUCAGUCUGAUGAUAGCGUGACGAACGAUGCUGGUGAACGUAAAUCGGAGAAACUUAACGGAGACGCUGACGUCAUUAUUGUUGGAGCCGGUGUCGCUGGCGCUGCACUCGCUCACACUCUCGGCAAGGAUGGACGCCGAGUGCUUGUCAUUGAAAGAGAUCUGAGUGAGCCUGAUAGAAUUGUUGGAGAGUUGCUACAACCUGGCGGCUAUCUCAAAUUAGUUGAACUGGGCCUUGAAGAUUGUGUGAACAAUAUUGAUGCGCAGCAAGUGUUUGGUUAUGCACUUUUCAAAGAUGGGAAACAUACUCGUCUCUCUUAUCCCUUGGAUAAGUUUCACUCAGAUGUAUCUGGCAGAAGCUUUCACAAUGGCCGUUUUAUUCAGAGAAUGCGAGAGAAGGCUGCUUCCCUUCCCAAUGUAAAUUUGGAGCAAGGAACAGUCACUUCCCUACAUGAAGAGAAGGGGACAAUCAAAGGUGUACAAUACAAGAAUAAAGAUGGUCAGGAAUUGACAGCAUAUGCUCCUCUUACCAUUGUUUGUGAUGGAUGUUUCUCAAACUUGCGCCGUUCUCUUUGCAACCCUAAGGUAGACAGUCCCUCUUGUUUUGUUGGCUUAGUUUUAGAGAACUGUGAACUUCCAUGUGCCAAUCAUGGCCACGUCAUACUUGGAGAUCCUUCGCCAAUUCUUUUCUAUCCUAUAAGUAGUUCAGAAAUUCGUUGUCUGGUUGAUGUACCUGGUCAGAAGGUUCCUUCUAUUUCAAAUGGUGAUAUGACAAAGUAUCUAAAGACAACGGUUGCUCCACAGGUACCCCCUGAGCUUUAUGAUGCAUUCAUAGCCGCAGUGGACAAAGGCAACAUAAGGACAAUGCCGAACAGAAGUAUGCCAGCAGAUCCUCGUCCUACUCCUGGAGCCGUAUUGAUGGGAGAUGCAUUCAACAUGCGACACCCCCUAACAGGGGGAGGAAUGACCGUAGCAUUGUCUGAUAUUGUGGUAUUGAGAAAUCUUCUCAGGCCUUUGCGUGACCUGAAUGAUGCACCCAAACUUUGCAAAUACCUCGAGUCCUUUUAUACUUUGCGCAAGCCUGUAGCAUCCACCAUAAAUACAUUGGCAGGAGCUCUUUACAAGGUUUUUUGUGCAUCCCCUGAUCAAGCAAGGAAGGAAAUGCGUCAAGCUUGUUUUGAUUAUCUUAGCCUUGGAGGCCUAUUCUCGGAGGGACCGAUAUCUUUACUUUCAGGAUUAAACCCUCGACCCUUAAGCUUGGUUCUCCAUUUCUUUGCUGUUGCAGUAUUUGGUGUUGGCCGUUUACUACUACCCUUUCCUUCACCUAAACGGAUGUGGAUCGGAGCUAGGUUAAUCUCUGGUGCAUCUGGAAUUAUCUUACCCAUAAUUAAGGCUGAAGGAAUUCGCCAAAUGUUUUUCCCUGCCACUGUUCCAGCUUAUUACAGAGCUCCCCCGGCUUCACAAGAGUGAGUAUCGGCAAAUGCAUUUCAAGAUGAGCUAGCUUUAUUCUCCCGUUCUUGAGAAUUUGAGGAAAGGUUGAUGCUAAUAGAUAUGUAUACAUUUUGGCUUAGUGUGUAUUCUUGUAGUUUGUAACUGGGUACAAUCUUGUAAGUCCAUGUACGUGCAUAUGUAUGUAUGUUUAUCCCACUUCUUUUUUGCUAUUUUAGAAAGUUAAAUCCAUUAUAAUAAGAGAGAAGCUCUACCACACUUACAACA